AUGUCGUUUCAUAUUGAUCGAAAGCUAAUCUUUGAAUCUCUUGAUAAUUCCACCGGCAAAACAUGUGGCAGCUAUUAUUGCAACCCAGAGGUGUAUCAUUCUAGAAUCUGUCCAGUGUCCUGUUUUUAUAUUUGCCAGAAUAUUUGUCUUUUUCCAGACAUUGAACUACCACCACUACCAAAAAAUUUCACAACUGAAGUUCCUCUUUCGCUGUCUCCACAAAAAGAUACUGCCUCCAUCUUCUUGAUAAUUCUAUUUACAGGCUUAGGAAUUGCUGUCUACAUAUUUUGUUCCUUCGUCAUUCACAAAAACUCGAGAACUUCUUCACAGCCGGAGCAGGAAGUAGUAGUAGAAGAAAAAGAAUUAAGUGAUAUUCGAACAGUGGGUCUUCAUCCAUCAGUCAUCAGCACCAUCACAAUCCACAAGUAUAAAAGAGGUGAAGGGCUAAUUGAAGGAACAGAGUGCUCUGUUUGCUUGAGUGAGUUUCGACAAAAUGAAACUUUUAAGAUUUUACCCACUUGUAACCAUGCUUUUCACGUACCUUGCAUUGACACUUGGCUCAAAUCACACACCAAUUGUCCUAUGUGCCGUGCCAGCAUUGUCAUCACAAUGCCCGCUACUACAGCUUCCAAUUGA